GUGUGUCCUAGAUACAGUCUAAAUCAUUCACAUCGUUUCACCCUGGAGGAACAGGUGACGUCCUUUUGUGACGCCACAUAUGAUGAGCUUGAGAGCGCACAUGCUGCUGCCUACUGUCAGAGAGCUGGAAAAACAAGUUUGUCUGCAUUUAGUUCCAUCCCUCUCAAGUCAAGUCUCGCUUGUUUGGUCUGGGGCAUUUUGUUACUGAGGCUUCUGCGAAGUAAUGGAGGCUCUUGAUUCUUUUUCUACCCCAAAAAGCAGAUCAGACACCCUGGCUACUUUCCGAGACCUGCUGCAGACAUCUCUGCCCAUCGAGCAGAUACAUCUGCGAAUUACCAGGGAGGAUGAUUCAGAUCCAUGUCAUGUUUCCCCUGAGGAAGAAGCAGACUUCCAGGACAUUGACACUACAGAACUGACCGCUCUGGAUGAAGAACAGGAGCAGUUAGAAGAGGUCAAUGAUAGUUCCAGUAUGACAGAUCAAGCUGAUGGGAUAGAGCAGUUGACCCUGGACUCUGAGCCAGAUUCAUCUUUGAACAAGCCUGUCCGGUCAUACGUUGAUGAAACUUUACCGGACCUGCUCAGAGGCGAAAAACCCCUCUGCAGACGUGUGUCCAGCCCUAUGUCAAACACGCUGAAGCAGGUGUGCAGGGAGGUGGAGCUGUCUCGGCGCAGGAGUCUGAGGCUGAAGGCUCAGGUGGAUAAACUGCAGGAGCAGAGUCAGGAUGGACUGGCCUGGAAUCAGCAAAAAAAUCGGGUGACGGAGGAGAUUCAGUCCAUUGUACAGCUACUGCUGCCUCUGACUGAUUUGGGGCAGACAGCUGAUCCAGUCCCUCAGGGCAGCCCACUGGACACUGCGCUGCUGCAGCUGCAGAAUGUGGCCCGCACACUCGCGCUCAACCACACAGCUCACAGACAGUCCAGAGAUGGGAAGACAGACAAUGAUGGAACUAUAUUACAGCAAGCUCUUCGAGACAGAGAUGAUGCUCUAGCAAAGAAAAAAGCAAUGGAGUCAGAGCUCCUGAAAAGCAAGACAGAACUGAUGACACUGAACAAUCAGCUGCUGGAGGCAGUGCAGCGACGGCUGGAGAUGGCCAUCGAGCUGGAGGCCUGGAAGGAUGAUGUGCAGGCCAUCCUUCACCACCAGCUCCAGAAUCAGCAGCAGGCCGAACAGGCCCAGAAGAAGGCCAAAGGAUUCAGUGUGCUCCGGCGCUCCAAACAGGCCAGCCCAGCCCAGCCUCCAGCCCCCAGCCGAGCACCCACUUCCAUCUCCCAGUCCCCCAAUACACCUGUAGCCCAGCGCUGGAAAGAACGACUGCGGCGAGGACGCAUCAGUCAGCAAACAUCCAGUUCCGUUGAGCAGCCAGCCAACAACAGUUCCUUUGAGCCUGAUUCUCCAAGCAGCUUCAGCAAGGAGGACAGAUUUCAAAUAGUCUCUCUAGACUGA